CGCCCCGCCGCGCGCGCCGGGCGGGAAGCGCGGGGCGGGAGAGCGUGAGGGCAGCGAUGGCGGCGGCCGGCGGCGACGAGCGGCAGAUGCUCGCACAGAGGCUGAAGGCGGCGGUUCACUACUCCGUCGGGUGCCUGUGCCAGGAGGUGGAGGAGGACAAGGACGUGCAGUUCAGCAAACAGAGCAUCGCAGCCAUCUCGGAGAUCACCUUCCGGCAGUGCGAAAUCUUUGCGAAAGACCUUGAAAUGUUUGCAAGGCAUGCAAAACGAACCACAGUUACUACAGAAGACGUGAAGCUUUUGGCUAGAAGAAGCAAUUCUUUGCUAAAAUAUAUCACUCAGAAGAGUGAAGAGCUUGCAUCAAGUAACAUGGAGCAGAAGGAGAAGAAGAAAAAGAAGUCCAGUGCAGCUAAGGGAGAGAGAACUCCUGGGGAACAAGAAGCAGCUGUGACUGAAAAUGAAGAUUCCAACAUGACAUGAUUUGUCUUUCGAGUAAUGUUUCAGGUCAUCUUCUCUUACUGUCCUAGAGAAACCAGAAUUAGCCUAUUCUUCUUGCAGGUUGGCUCCAGUAAUGAAUCUUUAGCUUUUCGGGUGAAUGCGACUGGAUUUUUAUUGUUCCAAAAAUGAAAAGUCUGUUAGAAUUCAGUAAGCUUACAGCCAAAGUGCCAUAAUUGCUCACAAAAGGUAUCUGUUAUAAAAAUUAAAAUACUUUAAAUAAAGAAUUUGAAAUAGA